AUGGACCCUCCCAGGAAGUACAGGUUCAUGGCGAUGGACCGACUGGUCAGUGACCUUCAGAAAGUAUGUGAGAGAAAUGAUGACAAGCUAAAGAAACACACAGUGCUACAGCUUGUCCUCCUACAGCUGGAUGUCCUUGAGUAUAUCCAUGACAACGAGUAGGUCCAUGCAGAUGUAAAGAAUGCCAACCUAAUGCUUGGUCACACAGACCCAAACAAGGUGUACCUGGCUGACAAUGGCCUAUCUUACAGGUACAGCCCAGAUGGAGUGCACAAGGAGAACAAGGGAAACCCAAAGAAGGGACACAAAGGAACCGUAGAGUACACCAACAUUGAUGCUCAAAAUGGAGUCGCUCUAGACGUGGGACGUGGGAACCUGGAGGUGUUGGGCUUCUGUUUGCUCCACUGGCUGUGUUGGGCGCUGCCCUGGGAGGCCAAGACCAGACUCAUGUGUAAUCUACCUGACUCGGUGCAGCAGCUGUCUGUGGGUGGAGCUUCCACAUAUGAGUUGACCAGGUUCAUGCUCCAUGUCAAAGUUAUGGGGUAUAAGCAACGUCCGGAUUACCAGAAGCUGAGAAAGUUGCUGUCCGAGGGGGGACAGAGAGCGAGCAGAGGCCAGAGAAGGCUGGACCGGUCUGGGCUACGAGGAUAG